UCCGCCCCGCCUCCCCCCAAUUGGUAUAAAGGGAAGGCGGGCUGAGCGCUCUGGGAGCUUGGUCGGGCGUUUAGGAUCCACUUUCGUCUGUCCCUCCGCUCGCUCGUCAGACCCCAGCCGCCAAAAUGGUGAAGCAGAUCGAGAGCAAGUAUGCUUUUCAGGAAGCCUUGAACAGUGCAGGGGAAAAACUGGUAGUAGUUGACUUCUCUGCCACGUGGUGUGGACCUUGCAAAAUGAUCAAGCCCUUCUUUCAUUCCCUCUCUGAGAAGUAUUCUAACGUGGUGUUCCUUGAAGUAGACGUGGAUGACUGUCAGAACAGGUCCGAGGCGCAGCACAAGAGGAGGGUAGGUGAAUCGAAGUGGAGCCUGCAAGGGUUGACUCUUCUGUCUUGCUGGACCGAGGGCAGGUGCUCUUCCUGCCUUAUUCUAACGAUUGAGCAACGAUGUUGCUUCAGAGUGUGAAGUCAAAUGCAUGCCAACCUUCCAGUUUUUUAAAAAGGGACAGAAGGUGGGUGAGUUUUCUGGAGCUAAUAAGGAAAAACUUGAAGCUACCAUCAAUGAAUUAAUCUAAUUAUGUUUUCUGAAAACACAGCCAUUGGCUGUUGAAAACUUGUAAGUUUUUUUUUUUAUUUACAAAAAUGAAAGAUCAAGUAUGAAGACUAUAUACACAACUGCCAUCUGAUUAUAAGUAACAAUAAAAUAUUAAUUCUACCCUUUUUAAAA